CGACGCUCGGUGCGUCACGGCGGCCGCGCAGCGCCUCCAAAACAAGCAAGAUGGCGGCGCUGCGGGCAAGCGGCGUGCGUGCCGCGGCGCUCCUCAGGCCCGGCCUGGCCCGGUCCCUGCCGGCCGCGGGCUACCACGAGAAGGUCGUAGAUCAUUAUGAGAAUCCCAGGAAUGUCGGGUCCCUGGACAAGAGUGCAAAGAAUGUGGGGACUGGCCUUGUGGGGGCUCCGGCCUGCGGGGAUGUCAUGAAAUUGCAAGUUGAGGUGGAUGAAAAUGGAAAAAUCGUUGAUGCCAGGUUUAAGACGUUUGGCUGCGGGUCAGCAAUUGCUUCGAGUUCUUUGGCGACUGAGUGGGUGAAAGGGAAGACGGUUGAUGAAGCCUUGAAGAUUAAAAACACCGAUAUUGCUAAAGAACUCUGCCUCCCGCCAGUAAAACUGCACUGCUCAAUGCUAGCAGAAGACGCCAUCAAGGCUGCCUUAGCGGAUUACAAGUUAAAGCAGGGGCCGAAGACCACAGAACCUGAGAAGAGUGCAGCCAGUGUGUAGGGGUCCUUUGCAUCAAGAUCUGGAAGCCUGCUUCCCUUCAUUCCACUUGUAGCCUCAGUGCAGUUUCCAGGAGCUGAUACAUCAACACAUGCAUUUUGGAAAGACGCACACCUCAUACGCACAAUGUUAAGACUGUACCACAGCCAACAGGAUAGACUGACCUUGCUGCAGCUUUUCGCUAUCAGCUUCUUUUCCUUAAUCUAUGUGUGUGUGAAAGAUCUUUACCUGAGAAUUUCUCUGUAGCUUUAGGAUGGCCACUAAAGGGGAAUUAAAGGUGUCUCUUAGUCACAAGGAAAAGCCCCAGUGCCAUUUCAGGUAUGAUGUCUGAGUCCACAUGAACAAGCAACCAUGUAUGACAUCCCACAGUUCUCCGUCUGGGCAAAUGUACAGCGGUGUGGUAGCUCUUCAGGGCCAACAGGGCUUGCCACUGCACUCCUGGCCAUUGUUUUGAGGGUAACAGCAGUGUGGUUUUAUGUUGCUGGUUUCACAUUACCCUGACAUGAGGGAGAAACCUGGCAAGUCCAGUAAAGCUGUCUCGGUUUUGUUAUUUUCCAGGUUGGAAUUCUAAAGAAAGGAGUAUGUUUUGCUUUGACUUGACUGUUAAUGCACAAAUUCCAAAUUUAUUUGCUGUUCAGCCUGUGCUAUAUAUGCAGAAAUAAUAUAUGCGUGUUCUACAGCACAA